CCCCCGCGCAGCCACACGGAGCCCGGCCCGGCCGCCCCUGCCCGCCCGCCCGCCCGCCAUGCCCUCGGACCGGCCCUUCAAGCAGCGCCGCACCUUCGCGGAUCGUUGUAAAGAAGUGCAGCAGAUCCGAGAGCAGCAUCCGAACAAGAUCCCGGUCAUCAUCGAGCGCUAUAAAGGGGAGAAGCAGCUGCCAGUGCUGGACAAGACCAAGUUCCUCGUCCCAGACCACGUCAACAUGAGUGAAUUGGUCAAAAUAAUCCGGCGCCGCUUGCAGCUGAAUCCCACCCAGGCUUUCUUCCUGCUGGUGAACCAGCACAGCAUGGUGAGCGUGUCCACCCCCAUCUCGGAGAUCUAUGAGCAGGAGAAGGACGAGGAUGGCUUCCUCUACAUGGUCUAUGCUUCCCAGGAGACCUUUGGCUACUGAGGCCUGCUGAGAGGGGCCAUGUGGAGACAGAUGAACUGAGGCGCACGGGCCCCCGGCCUGGCAAGACAACACAACCAGAGGCUGAGGAGAGGGGGACUGUGCUGACCCCCUUUCUCACCCUCCCUCCCUCCCUCCCCGUCACCAAAGAGGCUCGUGGCGUGUGUUGGACUCGCACAACCCUUCAGCUCCGUGCAGCUUAGCCCUGCUCCCCACACACCCCCCCCCCCAGGCGCAGACUCUGCACCAGGGGCCUCGGCUCCCCCGUCCCCCCGGCCUCGGUGUCCCCUCCAGCCGCUCUCGCCGCGCUCUGUGUCCCCUGCUUGCAGCCACCGCCCGAGCGCUCCGGCCGGGGGAGAGGACAGGGCACUGGCACCUGCAGCCCAGGGAGAGCCUCUCCUCCCAGGCACUGGGAAAGGGCAGGGCUGCCAGAGCAGCAAACAGAGGUUACCGUUGCUCCCGAGUUUUAAUUGGUUUUAAUUACACCCAUAUCAGAUUCUUGGUGCUACUGAGUAGAUGUAGGCGUCUCCGUAGGGCUGUGGAUAAUGUAGAUCCUUCAGAUUUACUUGAUGGGUUGUUUUUUGUGUUGUUUGGGUUGGUCUUCUCUUUAGGGAUAGAUUGGAAGGGGGAGAGGGGGGGAUCUUUCCUGUGUUCUGUAGGUCAAGAAAUCAGGCUUCAUUGCACUUUAAAGCCUAGUAGAUGUCAGAGUGGAAUUUACUUUUAAUUUAUACAGGUUUGCCAUGUAGAGGGCUGCUCCUCUGUUGGCAGGUGUACCUAGAUUGUCUUGGGCUCCUUUUUUUUGUUUGUUUUUAGUACAAUUGAUUUCCCUUCUCUCUGUCUCCCCAUUGCAUGCAGUUUUUCAGUCUCAGUGUGCAGAGUUGGCUCAAGGAAUGUACUGGUUUCUAUCGGCGAUGUUCCCUUUCCUGUUUCUCAUGUAUUAUACCAAAAUAAUGUAUAUGAUAAAAUCCCACCCAGUUUAAUCUAUAAAAAGGUCUAUAUAUAAAAAUAUAUAUAUAAAAUAAACAUAAACUCAA